AUGAAGACUGUCGUGGCAUUGGCAUGUUUGGCCUUAGGGCUGGUUGGGGCGAGCCUGAUUCCUCCGAAACACGUCUACAAAACGAAGCAAGUUGAUGCUGAUUUUGGGACGAAGCAAGAAAAGAUUCUUAAGCUCUUCCUCCAUCCCAAGCAAGUUGACCCUGAAGCUGAAUACUACAAGAUUGGCAAGGACUACGACAUCAAGGCCCAUUUCGAUGACUAUACCAACAAGAAAGCCGUCCAAGAGUUUUACGAAUUAUGGAGCUUUGGCAUGCUACCCAAGAACGUGCCUUUCUCCAUCUUUUACAAACAACAUCAACGUGAAGCAAUCGCUCUUUUCAAUAUUUUGUACUAUGCCAAUAGCUUUGAAGUUUUCUACAAGACAGCUUGCUUUGCUCGCGUAUACUUGAACGAGGGACAAUUCUUUUAUGCCUUCUACAUUGCUCUGACUCACCAUGCCGAUACCAAAGGAAUGGUCGUUCCAGCUCCAUAUGAAGUUUACCCAGAACUUUUCACAGACUCUUAUGCGUGGAACAAGAUUUACCGUACCAAAAUGCAGGAUGGAGUUUUUACUCCAGAUUUCGGAAGUGAAUACGGAGUUGUUCACGAAGGAGACAAAUGGAUUAUCUACUCUAACUACUCUGACUACUUUAAUUUCAUUAGUGAUGAAUACAAAAUUUCUUACUUCACUGAAGAUAUUGGCCUGAAUGCUUACUACUAUUACUUCCACUCAUACUUCCCAUUCUGGAUGGACGGUGAUCUUUACCCAAGCAUGAAGGAAAACCGUGGCGAAGUAUACUUCUAUUUCUACCAGCAGUUGUUGGCUCGCUACUACUUAGAAAGACUUUCAAAUGGAUUAGGACCGAUUCCUAACUUCUCAUUCUGGCAUGCGAUUAGCACUGGCUACUACCCCAACCUCUACUAUUACUAUCCAUUUGUACAGAGACCUUCUUACUAUCAAGUUCCUUCUAUAGAGAAAUAUGAAGAGCUUCAAUUCCUCGACACCUAUGAGAAGACUUUCAUUCAGUAUCUUCACGAAGGACGUUUUAAGGCCUUCAACCAGGACGUAGACCUACACAACAGCAAAUCUGUUAACUUCGUUGGCAAUUUCUGGCAAGCUAACGCUGAUUGGUAUGGAAAAGUUGGACGUAGAGGCCCCUACUACUCGUAUGAAGUAAUAGCUCGUAAUGUUCUUAGUGCUGCUCCACAAUAUUAUGACAAAUACAACUUCGCGCCAUCAGCUCUUGACUUCUACCAAACAUCCUUACGCGACCCUGUCUUCUACCAGCUAUACAGCAAGAUUAUUAAAUACUUCAUUGAAUAUAAGAAGAUGCUUCCUGUGUACACUAAAGAUUCACUGCACUAUGUCGGUGUUAAGGUUAACGAUGUUAAGGUAGAGAAGCUGGUAACAUUCUUUGAUUAUUAUGACUUCGACGUGUCUAACGGCGUAUACUACACCCAAGAAGAACUGAAGAGUCAAAACUACACACACUUCUUUGUCCGUCAACCUCGUCUUAACCACAAAGAUUUCAAAGUUUAUGUUGACUUGAAAUCUGAUGUUGAAGGAGAUGCUGUAGUGAAAAUCUUCAUGGGUCCUAAGUAUGAUCACAUGGGUUACCCUAUUAGCUUGGAAGACAACUGGAUGAACUUCGUUGAAUUAGACUGGUCUGUACACACACUCACUAAGGGCCAAAACAAAAUCGAACGCUCCUCUUCUGAAUUCUUCUACUUCAAAGAAGACUCUGUAUCUACAUACGAAAUCUUCAAAACACUUCCCGAAGGAAAAGUACCAUUGGACAUGUCUGCCGAGUCUGGUGCUUUCCCUAAGAGAUUACUUCUGCCUAAAGGCACCAAGAGUGGUUUCCCGUACCAAUUCUUCGUAAUGGUUUAUCCUUAUGUGCCUGCCGAAAAAUAUGACACCAUUAAAGCUUUCGAAUGGGACAGCAAGCCUUUCGGUUAUCCAUUUGACCGCCCAGCUUAUGAACCAUACUUCGUGCAGCCUAACAUGUUCUUCGAAGAUGUUGAAGUAUACCAUGAGGGAGAAGAGUUCACAUACAAAUACAACGUGCCUUAUUACACUGCUCACAACAACGAAGUGGCCUCACAUUAAGAGGAGAGAGAAAUAUUAUAUAUAAUAAUAUAAUAAUGACUCAUUAUGUAAUUGUAAUAAUACUGUUAUAACUUACAUUUACAAAUAAAAAACGGUAUAAAUAAAUCAUUUUAUUAUUUCAUCCAAUUUUUUCCAAAAAAAUAAAUGUGUGCAUAAAUGUAUCAACUGCA